UAGGCAAAACGGCACUCUCAUUCUCAUGCGGAGAGUUGUUUCGCUAUGAAGAGUAUGGCUUUUAGGGGUUGUAUGCACUAACACUGAUCCACUGAUUGACAAGUUUCCGGAUCCGUUUUGCUGAAGACGCAUCAGUUUAUUCGCGUCCACACUAUCGCUUUCGUAGCGUUUUUGCCUGGCUUCACACUAACACGGGUCUAAUUUGUUUAAACUACUAGAGGGACUUGAUUCACUGAAAACAAAGUAUCACGUAAGAACUGGAUAAAAGCUCUGAGAGCAAUGAAAAUAACUUCAAGUUGGCCUAAAUCUAUCAGAAACUAUCUGUUGAUUUACUGUUUGAUAACUUUUAUUCUUCUGUGGACACUCAUAGAAAUUAUAACAGAUGCACCCAAAGGCGCUGUAGUCAAACAACUAGCUAUGGAAGGAAUACAGGAGCGGAUAUUUGCAAGGGUCAACGACCUUGAGCCAGAAGCAUGCGUCAAUUCCACGUUUUGCGCAGCUGAACCUUGGUUGGCGACGAGAGACACUGGCUUAGCAGCUUUCCUCUUGGAAACCCUGGAUCAUUUUAGCGUAUGUUAUAUCUUGGGAGGAAUUCCGACGGUCUCGUGGAGGGCCUGUAAAACAAUCUGUUCACCGAAUGCGAGCGUGGAUUCCUGGUCGUGGUACUUUGAGCCAGUUAAUCCAGGAAUUGAAUUAAAAGUGGAAAGAGGUGUUUGUAUAGGAGCGGCAUUGCCUGCAGCCUUUUAUGGAGCCAACUUUUGGAGGGAAUUUGAAAAAAGAAAAUAUAUUAUUCCAAAAUUGCUGGAUUUGAGUUUUCAGAAAAGGAACCUGCCGCAAUACAUGAGGUCAUCCGUUAUUACAGAAAGGGAUAAACACUGGGCACAUUUCUUAAUUUCGAAACACGUCAAGGUUCGCAAGAGCACUAAAGACACCGUGGAUGCAUUUUAUAACAAAAACUUGAAAAGUUAUCGCGUGUUAGCAGUUCAUAUUCGAAGAACCGAUCACUAUUUUGAGACCGACAACGGGAAGUUGCCCGCGUUACAAACGUGGAUUACCAAUGCAAAGGAGAUUUGGACGAGUCUAGCGUCGCCAAAAAGAAUUUUUGUUGCAAGUGACAACAGUGAGGCUGUAAACAUCUUUGUAAAUCACUUUGGAUCCAAGAACGUGCGUUUUACUUCGGCCAUCCGAGCAAGGAGAUACUACGACAAUGCAGUUCACACAGGCGGCCUGGACCCGUACACGGUUGGCUCUCAAGUUUUGAUAGAUAUCCUAUUAAUGUCGAAGUGUGACCUGUUUUUACGCGGAGUCCAGCGUGGCGGCUCUGGUUACGUAUUUCAACCCUGAUCUACCGACACACUUCCUUAAAAUUACCCAGGCAGAAGGUACCGUGACUGCGAACCCGACGCAGAAAGAUGGCGAUGACGAAGAAGACCUGAUUAUUUUGAAAAAAACGUCCUUUAGUGUGUGUCCCAUAACGGAGGAAACAAGAUGGCUGGAUACCGAAGAGGUUCACGAAUUUAUGAAGAGCAUUAAAGGACCAUAGUGAGCAACGCAUUUGGAAGAGACAUUUAGUGAAAGGAUUCGGAGAUAACAAGGCACUAUACGACGUCCCAGAGUAUUUUCUCUCAAAGAUAAUGUAUUGAGUAUAUUCCCCUCACUUCCCACCCACUACGCACCUCUACUGGGACCAAUCCUUCUCCACCCUUCUAGGGUCGAGCACUUCUUUCUGCUAUAUAUUCCCCUCCCCGCCAGUUACAGUGGAACCUAGAUUUUAGGUUAUGCCUCGGGAAAAAGAAAAUGUUUCGUUAAAUCGAGGUAUCGUUGCAAAUAGGUCCUCGACUUUACGAUAUAAAGAAAAAUCUACUGAAAAUAUCGUUGUAGCGAGCUUGGGUUAAUUAUCAACUUUUAUCAAAUAAUAAUUUGCAACUGUACUCUGUGAAAGACUGUUCAGUUACUCUCUAUAAGACUGUAAUCCUGUACUUAACAAGAUCUCCCAUGUCAAAAAUAGAAUAACUGUACUGUACGUGUGUGGUGUAUUGAGUUUUCUCUCUAUUUUGAUAGACAGAAUCAGUAAUAUGAUUGUAUGGAGGUCAAAAUUGCGCUUGGAGAACAGAUUUGUAUCGUCAAAUCGAGAAAAUCGUUUUAUCCAA